GAACUAAGCGCGACAACAGCGCCACUUAAAACGCGCGAAAUUAUAUUCGUUUUGUUAAUGUUUGAAAGUUGAAAUUUCGUAUUUUUACAUCGUUAAAUAUUGAUUAUAUGAUUAUAUCAUUUGUUUUCAUAUUAUUAGUCCUAAUUUAUUAUUUCAGUGUUAUUGUGAAAUGGAUCGUGUGAUGGGAAUAAAAUGACUUCGACGGACACUUACCAGUUAAAAUGGCACUCACACAGUUCGCAUUUAAAUGGUUCGGUGGCGUCUUUGCUCCGAUCGGAGCGGUUUACGGACGUGGUGCUCUGCACGAUGGAUGGAUCGCAGAUACCAGCGCACAAGUUCAUCCUGGGAUCAUGCAGUGUUUACUUGAGCUCUCUUUUGGAGAGCCAACGUGCUGUCAAUCGAAUGGGCGGAAUGCUGUACGUUGUACUUCCAUCAGAAAUAUCGACGAAAGCCUUGAAAAUCCUUGUCGAAUAUAUGUAUAAAGGAGAAACAACGGUAUCAAAUGAAGUCUUAGACACAGUUUUAAAGGCAGGUGAGGUGCUGAAGAUCCGAGGACUUUGGAGGCAGGCUGAUGAAGAAACUGCUGUUUCAGAGAAAACAACUGCAAUAGCGUCGCAAACAAUUGUCAACAAACAAAUGGUGAUUGCUAAGAAACCUGAGGAAAUACAACCAAAAGUAGCGUCUAAGAAAGAUGAUAAACUAGUGAAAGGUUUUAGUCCACAACAACAGGGUGUGACAAGGCCAAUGUUUAUCGGACCACCAAAGCUGGUGUUCAUAAAGACAAGUGAAGGUGGGACUACUGCAUUACGACCUGGCGCUCCUAAAGGUCAAACUAUACUGGUGGCUCAAGCCCCACAGCCGGAGAUCAUGACCUCCUCAGUCACCACAAUCCCUACACCAAGUAUUGCUGUUGGAUCUGCCACGACUAUAUCUGAUGAUUCUCCAGAUGAAGCUCCCCCGACCAGGGUACUGAGAAGGCAUGCUGCGGAAAAGAAAUAUGGAAAGAGACAGAAGACUGAAGUAAAGGAGAGUGAGGAGGCAAAAGAUAGUGAAGAUAAUCAGGACAAUGUAUCGGAGACUUCAAAGAAAUCAUCACACAGCACCUCUGUGCCCACCGAGGUGCAGGUGAAGGAGGAGCCGGAGUGGGAUGCGAGCAGCAUAGAGGAGGAGGAGACCUCAAUCGCGGAGAUGUUCCACGCUGAGAUGACAGUCAAGUCUGAACCCAUCGAGGAGAUGGAUAUUGAAGAGGAAGGACUGAUGUACAGUCCGCUGGCGUGCGAGCUGUGCGCGGAGGUGUUCACGGUGCCGGGCGCGUGGGUGCGCCACGUGCAGGGCCACGCGCACGCCGACCACACGCACGCGCGCCACCGCAAGACCAGAUCCGCGAGCGACGACACGGAGGAGACGAUGGCGCUGCUGCGCUGCGACCUGUGCCAGAAGCACUUCCCCAACCCCGCGCAGUGGGUGCGCCACAUACAGAGCACGCACACCGAGACAGAAUUGGCCAUAUCAAACAACAGUGCCCCACCAAAACGUCACAAUCGUUUCACAGAGGGCGCGCAAAACAAGAUUUGCUCGCACUGCAAGAAGAUAUUCCCCUCGCACGCCUCCAUGCUCAUACACAUGCGUACUCACACCGGUGAGCGUCCGUUUGUAUGCGGCCUGUGCAACAAAGGUUUCAACGUGAAGUCCAACCUGCUGCGGCACCUGCGCACGCUGCACGACCAGCUGGCGGGCGAGGAGGGCGCCGCGGGGGAGGAGGGGGAGGGCGCGGAGGCGGGGCCCUCCGAGGUGAAGCAGGAGCCAUGAGGACGCGGAGGGGGGGCAGGUAGAGGGCGCGGGCGGCGCGGCGCGGGCGAGCGCGGGGCGCGCGGGGCGGCGGCGCUGCGCAAGCAGAGCUACUCCCUCUUCCUGAAGCAGCGCGCGGUGCUCUUCUCCGCCAAGAAGUGGAAGUGACACCGCACCACGCUACUGAUCUCUGGUUGCACAUUCAGCUUACAUCUACCCACACUUUAUACUCGAAUUCAAUGAAAACACUACACACAAUACACUAGCUUGGUUUGUAUCGGGGGGAAAUAUUAAAAAAAGAUGCCCUUUCUGAAGGGCAAGACAGGAUUAUGUGGAUUAUUCCCAACCGUCACCUGUUCUGCCCCCAUGUGAGAAUAAAAAGUUUCAUUCGUCCCACUAUCAUCAUUAA